UUCCAGCACGCCGUGCCCGCCGAGGGCAAGCCCGUCACCAACCAGAAGAACUCCGGGAGAUGUUGGAUCUUUUCCUGUCUCAAUGCAAUGCGUCUUCCUUUCAUGAAGAAAUACAACAUUGAAGAAUUUGAAUUCAGCCAGUCGUAUCUCUUUUUCUGGGAUAAGGUCGAACGUUGUUACUACUUUUUAAAUGCCUUUGUGGAAACGGCUCAGAAAAAGGAGCCUGUGGAAGGAAGACUGAUACAGUUCCUGCUCUCCAACCCCACGAAUGAUGGUGGACAGUGGGAUAUGUUGGUUAACAUCAUUGAAAAGUAUGGUGUUGUCCCCAAGAAAUACUUCCCGGAGUCUCAUACCACAGAGGCUACUAGAAGGAUGAAUGAGAUCUUGAAUCAUAAGAUGAGAGAAUACUGUUUGCGGUUAAGAAAUAUGGUGGAAAGUGGGACAAUUAAAGGAGAACUUUGUGCUGCAAUGGACACAAUGAUAGAAGAGGUAUUCAGAAUAGUGAGUACUUGCCUGGGCAGCCCUCCGGAGACCUUCUGCUGGGAGUUCCGGGAUAAGGAGAAGAACUACCACAAAUAUGGCCCUGUGACACCGGUCCAGUUCUACAAUGAGCAUGUGAAGCCUUACUUCAACAUGGAGGACAAGAUUUGUCUAGUGAACGAUCCUCGACCUCAGAACCCAUACAACAGGCUGUAUACAGUGGAGUACCUGGGCAACAUGGCAGGAGGGAGGAAAACGCUCUAUAACAAUCAGCCUGUUGAUGUCUUGAAAAAAUUGGCUGCAGCAUCUAUUAAGGAUGGCGAGGCUGUGUGGUUUGGCUGCGAUGUUGCAAAGCACUUCUAUGGCAAGCUGGGAAUCAAUGACAUGAAUAUAUUUAAUCAUGAGCUGGUGUUUGGUGUCUCUGUCAAGAACAUGAACAAAGCAGAACGAUUAAUCUUUGGAGAAUCAAUGAUGACCCAUGCCAUGGUCUUGACGGCUGUCACCGAGAAGGAUGGGCAAGAAGAGGCAUUUGAAAAAUGGAGAGUGGAAAAUUCCUGGGGUGAAGACCGUGGUAAUAAAGGUUACCUGAUCAUGACUGAUGACUGGUUUUCUGAGUAUGUGUACGAAGUUGUGGUGGAUAAGAAGCAUGUACCAGAAGACAUCUUGGCAGUGAUGCAGCAGGAACCAAUUGUUUUGCCAGCUUGGGACCCUAUGGGGGCUUUAGCCAAGUGAACUACAGAAUAUUUGCCUCUUAAUGGUCAACCAGAAGUAGAUGCAAUAGAGAAUUCCAGUGGUGGGAAGCCAUAGCCAAAUGACAAUGUGACCAAGCACUCAGCAUGGUCCAUAUUCUUGAAAUGUAAGUUAAGGAUCCUUGGGAAAUAGUGCUUUACUGACUUGGCUGAAUAAAGCUCUCAGACAGGCUACUCCGCAAAACUGAAAAGGGAA